AGCGCCCCGGGCCGAGGCUGCCGGGGCCGGGCUUCGCGGAGACCCCGCGCCUGGGCCCGGGCCGGAGCGCCCCGGUGGCUCCGCUGGAGCUGGGUCGGCUGCGGGAACGGCGUCGGGGACCAGCCGUGGGGCAGAGCCCGUUGACCUUGACGUGCUCUAGAAUUUAAUGUAAAUUCUUACUGGUGACGUUAGAAAAGAUAACAAAGCCCUGUGUUUUGUGUGGUCUUCUGCUCCAAGUGUCUGCAGUGUAGGUCCGCCCGAGUGCCCUUUUCUCACCUGUGCUCCGUGCGUGGCUGGAGGUGUGAGACAGGCGCGUGCUUUACAGUGAUGGCUGGAGCAGCGACACAGAGCUGCCUUUGUUUUAUGUACUCACCACCUGCAUCAUCAAGGUUUGCGAGCUCAGUCAGAGGUUUCUGGAGAGCUUUUCAAAAGUCCACCAAGCUUCGGUGUCUUCUGUGCCUUCCCAGAGCUGGGGCAUUCUUGGCUUGGUCACAGUAACGCUGAAACCCGACAGGCCGGACAUCAGGAGAUGUGCAGCUGCUUGAGCUGAAGCUUGGGUUUCUCCAUCUUGUGUUUUAUUUAAACUGUGUGAGAGUACACCUGUACUUUAGGGAGUCUAUGUGUCACAUGGCAGGUUGGCUGUGUCAUUUGUGUCACUGUUAGCUGAGAUGGCCUUACCUGCUAGAUAAAGGCUUAGCCUGAGCUUCUGGAGGUGUGAAAUAAAGUACACAUCUCAUUCUUGUACUGUGUGCUGCCAUGACAAAAUGAAUCCCAGGCUCAAGCGUGCCUGUAGCCCCCAGGUUCGUAUCUGUGCCAAGAUAAAAAUAACUGAAGAGAAUGUCAUUUGUUUUCCUGCCCUGAUGCAAGGUCAGUUGUAUAUGGAAACACUCUUCACAGAUGUGUGUCCACAGUUAGAAGUACUGUGAAGCAAUAUAGGGUCUCGGUUUUGCUCAUUCUGCGAUUUAAGUUCCCGUUUCCAUCCUGUUCAGUCUUAAUGUGUAGAUUUUGCAACUGAUGCCUGGCAGGUGUCUCUCAGGGGAGCCUGGAUGUGGGGGUGAUUCUAGACAUGCUUCCAUGGGGGCAAAGCAUGACACUGAAAUUCUACCCGUUUGUGAUGGUGGCCUUUGGGGCCCUGACCCCUCAGUCCAACUGUGCUCCUGUUUUUCUGAACUGUGUCCUAUUCCAUGAACGGAAAUAGAAAGUUGGCUGGGGCUUUGUCCUGUUCCCGGACGUGGUGGGAGGCCCGGGAGAGCGGGGCAGUGUGACUCCGGAGCAGAGCAUUGUGCCAGCAGUAUCCCCACCUUUGCAGAGGGAUGGAGUGACAGGCUGAGCAGACGGGCAAGGAUUUAAGCAGAAUAUCUGCUUUGGUUUGGUGGGACCAUUUCCCACAGCCUGCAGGGCCUCAGCAGGCUGGUUGAUAAUUUUUUUCAGUUUUACCUUAGCUCAUACUUUUCUGCCUGUGGGAAGAGCAAGUCAGUGUCAAAGUACAGGGCUUGUAGUUGGAGGAAGAAACAAUAAGACCAUUCUCCCUCCAAGUCUUGGCUAUUUAACUUCAGAGCUUGGCCUGCUGUGCUGGCAGCAUGAUGUUUCUGUAGCAAAUACAUCCACAGGCCUGAUCUGAUCAUGUACAUACCAGCUCUUGAACUUGCUGAACUUGUUGAAAAGGAACACUGAGAGCAAAAAGUGCUCUAGAAACUCACAAUAAUGCAUUCAUUUUUGAAGGUAUGUUCUUCUAUGUACGUGUCCCAGCCAAAGCCCAGCAGUGUGUGUGGUCAGUCACCUCAGUGGAACCAGUAGAAAAGUAUGCCUAGGAUAAACUAGCAAGAAAAUGGGAGAUAGCAAGUGAAGAGGACGUAAGCAGACAAACUUGGGGGUACUGGGAGAAGGGGAAGUACGUGUGUGUGACUGUGGAUGUGGCCUGUGGGAAGAAGGCUGUAGCACAGCCUGGCAGAGUCCUUGAAGGCCUCUCCUACACCCUGGGGCCUCACGCCUCCUGCCCCGUGGUGCGGCUGGUUUGAGGGGGCGGGAAGCGUUUGGGAUGUUGCCAGAAGCAGCAUGGCUGCAUGCCAAGAGUGCAUCUUAUGCAUCUCAUCCUGCAGCCAUCCUAUGCAGCUGUGCUGCGUGCUGCUUGGGGUUGGUGCUGGUAGUGUGCAUGGACACUUUGUCUGGUGCAGGCACAUCCUUUCCCUACUGGCUUUGUCCAAGCUGCCCCACAGUGUUUUGAAACUUCUUCCUGUCCCAGAGCUUGCAUCCGGCUUCCUUGGCUGCCAGGGCGUGCUGAACACUGGAUGUGGCCCCACAGCUCAGAACGACCUCCAGGGAGUAUGCUCCCAACUAAUGGGAAAAAUGUUCUUACUGGUUUGGGCUGUUCCCAGAAUAACUCUGCAGUGAGCAGUGCAGCGCAGGCCCUUGGGCAGAGCCCAGCACAUACAGCUUAUUGCAAGGUGGGGAUAGGCCAUCUCCUGGGCUGAGUGGUCAGCCACAGUGAUGGUAGGUGGGUGUACAGGUCAAACCCACCUUGGUUAAAGAGAACUUAAUUAAAAUAACAAGCUGCCUAAUAGGAGUAUUUAUAGAAUCUUGCUCCUUAAUUUAAUCUCAUCUUUCACUGUUUUUUUUUUUUUUUAUUUUAAGUUCAAAGGUGUGAUAGAAAAGAAACCGAACUUUGGUGCCCUGGGGGAGAAGUGCACUGUAACUAAUCAUCUGUGUAAUUGCCCAGCCAGAGACACCCCUCUAACCUGCACAGAGUUCACAAAAACAUUUAUCCCAGUGUUCAAACUGAUUGUUGCUGUUCCAUAUCUGUUCCAGAUGCAUCUUCAGUGCCACCCACGCAGUGGGAAGCUGCCUGGAGUGGCUGGCCUGGUGUGGCAGAGCCUGCCUGUGCUGUGGUGGCCCUGGCAGGUUUGCUCUCUGGGCAGGUGCUCUGUCCACUGUCCCUGCCGGCUAUGGGUAUGGGCUGUGGUUUGAGCACCAGGCAGAGGAAGGUGCUGGACUCACUGGCUGUGGGCAGCUCGGCCGGCCCUCGCUGCAGCGGGUGCUGCUCGGGGCCCUGCGCUGGUGCCACGCCACGUCACCCUGUGGCUUCCGCCCCGGCGAGGCGGAAAGCCCCGCGCCCGGCGCUGCCGCCAUAGAGGGGCUUUGUGUGAGCCGUCACAAAGUGAGGAUUGAUGCCGUUUCCCCUCCCCCUUCUGUGCUGAGUGGAGCCAAAGAUGGCUCCCACAAAGGUGCCCUUCUUCACUGAGGAUGAGGUGCCGGCAGGCAGAGGGGGCUGCUCUGCAGCACUGUGCUGUUGGUAGGGCCACCCAACAGCGUUUCCACACUGGUGCCACGGAUGCCCAGGGCCCUGUCCUCAGUCUUGCCCAGGCUGACUCGACUGCUGCUUGGGUUCCUGCCAGGGCAGCUUGGACUCCUUGCAGCAGGCCCCAGGCUGGCAAGAUGGGGCCUGGGCAGCAUUCAACAGCAGGUCCCCGGCCCGCAUUAGCCCCAUUCAUGCCAUCACUGCUGGGAAAGAGGAGGCAGUGCUGGGGAUCUCUGCCUACAUGAGCUGUCCCGGGGCCUGAGAGGGUACACAGGCCCUCUGCUUCCCUCGCCGAGGUGGCAUGUCUGUGCCAUCUGGCUACCCCUGCUCCCCUGCCUUUGUGGAGCAAACUGGCACUUCAUCAGGGUGGGGGUUUGGUGGAGGCCUGGGGAACAAAUCUGCUUCCCUUCAGUGUAGCUGCAGCUGUGUAGGAACCUGCUGUGCAGUGUUUUUUGCGUGCUGGGGAAUAUUGUCACUUACCUGGACUUCGCUUCAAAAUGGCCUGAAAGAAGCUUGCAUCAGCAUUCAUUAUCUCCCAGCUCCUCCCAAUGUGUAGUAACGAGUCAUCACACUAUUGAGAGUGACUUGGAAAAGUUUCAGAAAACGUGCAUGAAGAACAGAUUGUAAUCUCUUUGUUAAAUUCAUAUGCACUUGUUCCAUGCUGCACAUUUUAGGCAGUGGCCUCUGGAUUAUCUGCAAGGGAUCCGGAUGAGCCGGUGGGGCAGCACGGGCAGCAGCGUGGGGUCUCUUGGGGCUGUGCCGGUGCCUCCAGCGUUCCUGCGGUGGGGUCCUGUGCUCCUUGCCCAACCUGAGGACAGGGAGCCUGCUGGGAGAGGAGGGUGAGCCCCUGCAGCUCAAGCUGCGCUUCCCGUCAAUGCUUUGGAACCUUGGGCUCUGUUGGGAACAAAGAAGGUUUGCUAUGCUCUGUCCAUGCUGGAUGGGUAUCCAGAUGCCAGAGCAGAGCUCUCCUCUCUGGUUCAGCGAUAGUGUUUGCACCAUUACUGGUCACUAGUGUCUGUUGUUUUGGACUUCUCAAGUAGACUGGCUGUUCAUGUGACAUUAUUAUUAUUUACAUAGGGCCCAGACUUGCUCUUUUUUAUUGCCUGCAGCACGAUGUUUGUUCAGACUGGGCACUGUGAAGUGUAAACCCAGGUCCCACUGGCACCAGCACUCACCUCUGCCUUUUCUAGAAGCAAAUCAGUCCAUAAUGCCUGAGGUGCGAGACCUCUCUGAUGCCUUGCCUGACCUGCCGAUGGAUCCCAUCACAGGUGUUGGUGUGGUUGCAUCCCGGAGCCGAGCACCGACUGGAUAUGAUGUAGUUGCACAAACAGCAGAUGGCUUGGAUGCUGACCUCUGGAAAGAUGGCUUAUUUAAAUCCAAGGUCACACGGUACCUGUGCUUCACCAGAUCAUUUUCAAAAGAAAACAGUCAUUUAGGCAACGUCUUGGUUGACAUGAAGCUCAUUGAUAUCAAGGACACUUUACCUGUGGGCUUCAUUCCUAUCCAGGAGACCAUUGAUACACAAGAAAUAGCUUUCAGAAAGAAGAGGCUGUGCAUUAAAUUCAUCCCUCGAGAUUCCACAGAGGCAGCCAUCUGUGAUAUCCGAAUCCUGGGAAGAUCUAAACAGGCCCCUCCUCAGUACACAUUUAUAGGGGAGCUGAACAGCAUGGGCAUUUGGUACCGGAUGGGCAGAGUGCCACGCAACCACGACUCCGCACAGCCCGCAGCUCCUCCUGCCCAAGCUCCAGCUUCGACCCCUGCUCCCAACCUGCCAAGGCAUAUCUCACUGACGCUCCCGGCCAGCUUUCGGGGCAAGAGUCACAGCACCCGCCUGGACCUGGAGCACCAGCACUCCAACCUGUACGCAAUCUCAGCAAUGGAUGGAGUGCCUUUUAUGAUUUCAGAGAAGUUUGCCUGUGCUCCUGAAGGGAUGCAGCCAGUUGAUCUCUUGGGCAUCACAAUCAAAACUCUUGCAGAAAUCGAAAAGGAGAUGUAUGCACCCAUCCUCCAAGCUGCAGGCAGCUGAGUGACAGGACUCCACCCUGUCAGGAAAAUAAUGGAAAUAGGCACAAAUCCUGGACUGCACCCAGGCUGCUCUCAUUGCUCCAGGAUGGCACAUCCAUGCCCAGGGCAUUGCAUGGAGAGCUGGGGUAUGAAGACGCGGUGAAGCACAGGUGUAAGCGGUGCAUGCUGUUGUUCAUGGCUGCUUUGGUGGAUGUGGGAUGGCCAGCAGAGAAGCAGAGCCCUGGCAACGCUGCUGCCAGCUCUCCCUGCGGGGCUAUAGGGCUUUGUCCUCACUGUUCCUGCCUGUCCUGGCUAGGGGAGCAUCCUCAAGCAGGCACCUGGGCAGGUGCAGGUGACAGGAAAGGUGCUGGCACUGUCAGUCACUUCAGCUACACGGUGGGUGCUGAGGUGCCCGUGGCUGUGGCAAAGAGCGCAGUGGUCCGGCCACUCGUGGGGCGCAUCUCGUCUUCCUUUGAGCUUGGUGUGGAGUGAAAAGUCUAGAGAGAGUCUAAUUAGUAAAGCAAGCAUCCAAUACUCAUCACUCCUUUUAAACUGACAGGGAAGGCAGUUUAUUUAACCACUGAAUUGCUACAAGUUAUCAUGGGCUGCUCUUCGCAAAUAUAUUUAAUGAAGAAGUUGUAAAUCUAAAAGGGCUUAAAAUUUUAAUUUUCCACAGCAAUAUUUUUUCUUGUUCGCAUGUUUGUAGGCAAUUCUCCAGAGUGCAGUCACAUGAAAUGUUUUUUAAAUGAACAUAUUUACUAACUGGCAUGAUUUCAGUUUUUAAAACAUUGGUUCCAGCAAUUAGGAGUUUCCUCAGUUCCCCAAUGACUGGAGAGAUUCGUCUUGAUUAUAAUUGCUCUUAGCCACGCAUAUCUAAUUUGUGUCUUUUUAAGUGUUAAUUAGUAAACAGUUUGAGCUGA